UUGAUGUUUCACACUCAUGAAAGUUGGAGUAAUUAUUGCCUUUUUCUUUCUUUAUUUCUUCUUCUUUUUCUCCCCCUUCUAACCAUGAUAUCCCUUUCUCCUUUUGGAUUCAAGAGCCAUUAUUGAAACGAAACUCUAAAGGGGACAAGACCAAGAUCUCUCUGUGGUUACUUUUUCUUUCUCUGGGGGGAAACUAACAUGCCUGGACUACUACUUUCCAACUGGCUUUCAAUAAAGCUCAACUUAAAAUGGCUUAUGCUUCUUCUCCUGUUAUUAAGAACCAGUUCUCAAAUAGAAGAUCCUGAUAUAGAAGCAAUUAUAGCUCUGUCUGGUUUGCUGAGGUCACUGAAUGAUUCCAAUGGUAGAAUAACAGAUUGGAACAUCAAUCUUGUGAGCCCAUGUUUCAGUUGGUCUCAUGUGACUUGCCUAGGUGGAAAGGUUGUAUCCUUGAGCUUGCCUUCAAUUGGAUUUACAGGAACCCUUUCACCAGAAAUUACUAGACUCAAAUCUUUAGUUUCCUUAGACCUUCAGAACAACAGUUUGAGAGGUGGUUUACCUGAUUACAUUGCCAACUUAACUAAACUAAAGACUCUGAAUCUUGCCAACAAUGGUUUCAGUGGCUCUAUACCUGUGACAUGGGCUCAGCUUUCAAGUUUAGAACAUUUGGACCUUUCAUCUAAUGACUUGAUAGGAAGCAUCCCCACGCAACUCUAUUCCAUUCCCACUUUCAAUUUUACAGGAACACAUCUUUCUUGUGGCUCUAGCUUGGAGCAACCUUGUGUUUCAAGCGAUCAUCCUCAAGUUUCAACCAACAAGGGACAAAUUGGAGCUAUUCUGACUUCUGCAAGUUGUGCUUCUUUUGUACUUUUUUCCAUUGGAGCUUUCUUUGCAUAUCGAUACCAUCUUCGCCAGAGCAAACUCAAAGAAGAUGUGUUCGUUGAUGUAGCUGGUGAAGAUGACUGCAAAAUCUCCUUAGGCCAGUUGAGAAGGUUUUCUUUGCGCGAAAUUCAGCUCGCUACAGACAACUUCAGCGAGAGCAACAUGAUUGGACAAGGAGGCUUUGGAAAAGUGUAUAGAGGUCUCCUGCUAGACAACACUAAGGUUGCAGUGAAACGCCUUGCGGAUUGUUAUAGUCCUGGUGGUGAGGCUGCAUUCCUCAGAGAAGUUGAGCUCAUUAGUGUGGCAUGCCACCGAAAUCUAUUGCAUUUGAUCGGGUUUUGUACAACCUCAACUGAGAGAAUCCUUGUUUACCCUUUUAUGCAAAAUCUCAGUGUUGCAUACCGCUUGAGAGAUUUGAAACCGGGUGAGAAAGGCUUGGACUGGCCAACAAGGAAGCGUAUUGCUUUUAGUACAGCCAAUGGUUUGGAAUAUCUGCACGAGCAUUGUAAUCCAAAGAUUAUACAUCGAGACUUAAAGGCUGCAAACAUCUUGCUUGAUGAUGAUUUUGAAGCUGUUCUUGGAGACUUUGGUCUGGCUAAGUUGGUUGAUAUAAGGAUGACUCAUGCUACCACUCAGGUCCGAGGCACAAUGGGUCAUAUUGCUCCAGAAUAUCUAUCCACUGGAAAAUCAUCAGAGAAGACAGAUGUUUUUGGUUAUGGGAUAACACUUCUCGAGCUUGUCACUGGCCAGCGCGCUAUAGAUUUCUCACGGCUUGAAGAGGAGGAGGAUGUUCUUCUUCUUGACCAUAUCAAGAAGUUGCAAAGAGAGAAUAGGCUGCAUGAUAUAGUGGAUGGAAACUUGAAAAGUUAUGACUUAAAAGAAGUUGAGACAAUCAUUCAGGUGGCUUUGCUCUGCACCCAGACAUCGCCGGAGGAGCGUCCAACAAUGGCUAAAGUUGUGACAAUGAUGAAGGGAGUAGGUCUGGCUGAGAAAUGGGCUGAGUGGGAGCAGCUUGAACAUAUAAGAAAUCAAGAAUUCCCACUUCAUCCUCACCAAUUUCCUUGGUUGGAUGAAACCACACAUGACCAAGAGGCUAUCCAGUUGUCCAAAGCAAGAUAGGCUUUUCAUCAUAUGUAAAUUUAUAGAAAGGGAAAAAAAAAACUAAUUAUAUGGGAUAGGGAAACCGAAGGGAAGGAAAACUAUAUGAAAUGAGAAAGAAAGGAAACUUUCAAGUCUGUAAUCUGCAUAUUUAAGUCUUACAGCCUUGUUAUUAUACACGCAGCUAAUUGUUGCUCUAGUCUAGUAAAUGUGUUUGCUUAUGGUUCUUGUU